AAUCUCUAUCAUGUAUGUUCACUACACAGGGGCAGCGUUUUCUCUUGGUUCUUCCUCGCUCGCUUCUUCGCUCGCUCUCCUCGCCGAUCCAUCGAUCCAUCCCAGAGUUUUGACAAUGAGCUCUGAAGAGGCAAGCACAGAUCUGUGAGAAUGAGAGUAAAGGACGUUCCUCCCCCAACUCCAACUCCAGCUCCAGCUGAAGAAGUAGCAACUCCAACUCCAACUCCAGCUGAAGAAGUGCCUCCAGCUGAGAAAGUGGCUCCGUCAGCUGAGGAAGCAUCAGCUCCAGCUGCAAAAGAAGUGGCUGCUCCUGAAGUUCCAAGUGAAGAAGCUGCUCCUCCAGCUGCUACACCUGAGCUGGAGGAGAAAACCAAAGAGCUGAGCUUGGAAGAUCCACCAGCAGCAGUUGAAGAAGCAGCACCAGCAGCACCUAAAGCACCAGCAGCAUCUGUGUUUAGUGUUACGGUUUAAACCCCUUGUGCAAGCAUCUCAAACUUUUCCUAUGAAUUCCUUUUGAUUAAAUAUCCAAAACAAUUGAAUUAUAAACAGCG